GAGGUUGAGAUGAUUGUCGGGAAAGCGGUUACAAAACACCGAAGGUUAACCCUUAGAACAGGAUGACCUGACCUCACAUCGUGAACAGAUCCAGGGAACCAACAGUGUGUCUCAUUCAGGGCAGCCACGAUCGAUUGGCGUCGGCGCACACACGGCCGUCUGGAGAGGUGGGUACGAGGUAUGGAUUUUCCAGCACCUCACCGCGCCGCGCCCCUUCCAACACUGCAUCGUAUCCAGUGUGAUAGUAGCAAGUGUCAAAGCCUCAUCACACCAUCAGACAGCAAGGUGUUGCCCCGACCCGUCUCAAUAACCCAAGAAGCUGUUGGAGGCGCUAGUUCCGUGAUGACGUCACCUCUCUGAGUCCCCCGGCGUCAUGCUGCCCCGGAUCUCCCUUCGCCGUAGUUUCCUCUAUCUGCUGGGUGUCACGUGCUUCCUCUUCCUAGCCGUAAAUGUACACCAGAGGGAGCUUUGGGCCCGCUCGCUGUUGGCGGCAGAGAUGGCUCCUCCUCCUCGCAGUGGCGCCGGCAGUAGGGGCGGUGGUGGAGACCAGGCGGCUGAUCACAUCUUCGCUGGAAGUAUCAACCGGCUAGGAGAGGCGGUGGACGAGGAAGAGCCCGGCGUAAAGGAGCAGGAAGACGUCGAGGAAGACCAGGCAGCGUCUAACCACGGGAAAGUGAUAGCCACCAGCGUCAGUAAUAACGGAGAAGAUGUUCCGCAGGUUGAGGAAGAAGGUCGGCCCUGGUACAUGUCUGAGGGCACGCGAUGGCCUUUACCAGCCGCGAGAAGUCGCAAAUCUGGACGCCGUAUAGCUCGGCUGUGGCCUCAUGAGGACCCUGGUUCAGAUCGCAUUACGAACCAACUUAUGUUCGUCCCACCUGUCUCGUCAGCAGGCGAGUCAGAUGGACACAGGCUCAAGAAGAUACUUUUUUACAACGGGCUCGGUUCCUGGGCUCCGCUCAAGGCUGGCAGAGACGUGUUCACGCAGGCCCGGUGCCCUGUGGACACUUGCACAAUCACGUCGGACAAGGCGCAAGCAGCUGACGCCGAUGCAAUUCUGUACAAGGAUCACUUCGUGAACCCGAGUCAUCCUCGUCCACCGAGACAGGUGUGGAUCCUGUACUUCUUAGAAUGUCCGUAUCACACGCAGCACGUCAAAUUUAACGACGUGUUCAACUGGACGGCAACAUACCGCGGGGACAGCGACAUCGUGGCGCCCUACGAACGGUGGGCGUACUACGACGAGCGUGUCAAGCAGAACCAUAAGCUCGAUCUCAACUAUGCGGCCAACAAGACGAAAAAGGUCGCGUGGUUCGUUUCGAACUGCGGCGCCCGGAACCGUAGGCUACAGUACGCACACGAACUGCAGAAACACAUAUCUGUGGACAUCUAUGGAGCCUGCGGCACCAAGAAGUGUCCACGCUCCACGGCGAACAAGUGUUUCGACAUGCUUGACCGAGAUUACAAGUUCUACCUAGCUUUCGAGAACUCCAACUGUAAGGACUACAUCACUGAGAAGUUCUUUGUAAACGGCCUCGGCCGAAACGUCCUGCCGGUGGUGAUGGGGGCCCGACCUGAAGAUUACGCUCGCGCUGCGCCAUAUCGCUCGUACAUCCAUGUGGACGAAUUCGAGUCACCCCAAGAGCUCGCAGCGUACUUGCAUCGCCUGGACGCAGACGACGAUCUUUACAAUUCGUACUUUCGGUGGAAGGGUACAGGAGAAUUCAUCAACACGUACUUUUUCUGCCGCCUGUGUGCUAUGCUGCACGACGACUUUCCUAUCAAGUCCUAUCGGGACGUGAAUGACUGGUGGCGUGGGCCGGGCACGUGUACGGGAGGAUCGUGGCGGAAAGCGGUCAAGAACUUGCCGUCGGCACCGGCAGGCUAGAGAAAUGGGCGUAGCACUGUGGGAAUUGUUGCUGGAUGAGGCGACUUCUGUGUUCCAAAUGCUGAAUCCAAGUAUUUGGGAUUUAAGGCAAGCAAGGUGAGAACCUUUUUGAAUUUUAGGUUUUGCCUACAUCCCAGGUGUUCCGUGGGAAGGAGUCAACUAGUCUGUUUGCGAAAGAAAGUCCGAUUCUGACAUGUAGUCUCAAUCAAUGUGAGAAAAUGUUACAAUUGUCAGAGACUACCGUAUUUUAUAAUGAAGCUCACCUAUUAUGACGAAAGCACAACGGUAAUGGUUCAAAAAUCACUCAGGCCGCAUUGUGAACUUGCUGUAAUAUUGUCUGCAUUAGGACCGUCGUUGAAGAAUAGGGCUUUAACCGAAAGUACAUGCAUUCUUAUAAUUAUUUUGUCAAAUGUAAGCUUAGUUAUGUUCCUUGUUAACUCCCUUUCACCGAAGCCUACUCUGAACAUAAGAAAGGCCCUUUUAAGUGGUGUCUAUUAAUCUAAGCAAAUUUACUGGAUAAUAGUUUUAAUAAUUAACCUUGAAGCUAACCACCCGCCUCCGUGAAGUGCCGAAUUUGACUUUCUUUCCCUUUCGACAAGAUGGAAAGAUUUAGCCUUGCAGAAACUUUCGAAACGAUGUACGAGUUUUACAAAACGCGAUAUAAAAUUGUAAAACUUAAAAAAGAAACGCAUAAAAAUGCUGUUCGCAGCUAAAUCAGUAUUAAAAUGAAGACCGUGUUUUAACCAUAAUCAUUAAACUUAUUAUAAACGGAAGAAAAACAUAGUACUGAGAAAUGUUAAUUUUCACGUUAAAAUUUCACGAUUCUUUGUAUCUGGGGUAUAUGAUUUAGCAUGCAUGCAUCUUAUUAUAUCUUAAUUAUUAUGUACCACGUAAUCAGUGCAUUAUAAUCAAAAUGCAGUAAGACUGAGUCAUAUUAAAUCAUAUAAUUCCAGACACAGCGAAUCGUGAAAAGUCAAAAUAAAAAUGAAUUAUCCUAUUCGUUCUGAAGAACAUAAACAAAGCUGUAAAGGAGAAAUCAACGCUGUCAGGAAGUAUUUUCUUACGAGUUGUUUCGGGAAUAACAGAAGUUCCCAUUUCUUCGAUGGGAAGCAACACAUUUCUCUCACGUUGCGUGUAAUGUGAGCACUCAGACUGUUUCUUUAGAAGUACAAUGUCAUAAUUAUCUUUAUAAAUUAAUAUGCCUACUUAUUUUAUUACACAGUAUACAAGAAGGGAGCCAAUGAAAAAAUGUGGUCAGUUUUGUCACAUUACAAAAUCUUUCCACUAGCCGCUGAGUUCGAUAACCCACUAUGAGUCUAUAUUACUUUCAAAAGGAAUUAUGUCUUAUUUCGUACAGAGCGUAUUUUGCAUGCAAAAUUUAAAUUUUGCUAUAAUAUGUACUACAUAUACGUAAGAAUUAUAAAUAUCGAAACUUAUAUUAAAGUCCUUAAUCAUCUGUUAUGCUAAUCAAAAGAAGAAUAUCCAGUACUAUUGAGAUAAGGUUUAAACUGUGUAUUAAAGUUAAACAGGUGUAUUUAAACUAUUAUCUUAUAGUUCUCUGAACAUGUUUUAUAAGUACUCCCUAUCAAACAAUUGUUUAGCCACCGGACUGCACGAUUCUCUUGGAGUAUAACUACAUCUGUACUACGUUUAGUAAAAAUUAGUCUUGGAAUCGUUGAAAUGAGAGUGUGAUUUUGGAAAACAGGCUGGUGCUAAGACAGUCCACAUAUGUGGAAGACAUUGGUUCGUGUGUUGUGCUAGUUAUUUGAACAUUUCUUCCUACUGCAAUGAACUUGAAGAUACGUUGCAAUAAGAAUAACUGUACUGGUGAUACAUCAACGCUUCUUUUAACAAAGACUCGUCAUUGUAGGUUGAAAACACGAGAAAUAGACAAUAACAAAAUGCAAAAGUGAGAUAAAGUGCUAGUGGUAAUACCGUCUGUUAUUAUCAUCAUCAUUACUUGAUAUUUAUUUUGUGCUUGCUAAGAAGGGUUUAAGUCAAUAGGAAGUACGCGUGACUGAAGCCCUUCUUGCAGAGCAUCGAAAGAACAAUUCGUGGUAUUGACUCUGUUGUUGAGUUUGUAUGGCUGUGUGUAUGCGUAAGUCGUCGAAGGAAUUUCGAACGUAACAGUGCAUAAUUCCUAAGAAAUAAUUUCUCUAUAGUAAGCUGCAAUGUCAUCCAAGUGCAGGCACCGAAGUUCAUUUCAGAAAAUACCUGUUACAUUGUUAGCGAUAGUACCUUAACUCUAAUAUAGCUGCCUUUUCCAGAUUUGGUGUAAUGUAAUACACAGUUUCAAACGGAUGCCAUGCACAGUAAAUAUCUGCAUGUCAAAUAAUUCUGUUAGUUAGGAAAUUAUGGCAACUUUCGUUACAUGAGCAGGGAUGCGUAAUUUAUAAGGUGUUGUACAUCGGGUUCUUUCUGUGGCGAGGUUGUACGAGUACUUUUAUUUUAAUUUCCACCAUAAAUUCUAUCUGUGUGUUAUACCAAUAAGUCCUAAAUUGACAUUCAGAAACACUGUUUCUGAAAUUCCACAUUCUUCCAAAUGUAUCAUUCGACAAAGUGUAUUUAACGAAACUACAAAUAUAUCUUUAAACUGAAGCAAAUAAUUUUAUAAAACUAUCGUGGGAAUCACUUCACAACUAAAGCAAAUAGUAGACUGCAGAAUGAUAAAGGUAAUAUCACAUAAUUGGUUUGUCAGUCGGAGUGAUAUCUAUUCGCGAAGGAAGGCAGCGUUCAGAGCAGUGUCAGACAUCGGUGUUUGUCUUCUGGUUCGUAAAGCCAUGUGAGCAUGUAGGUAUGUAGCAACAUUUCGGAGAAACAUAAACUCUCCAUCUUCAGGACCGGAAAGAGGACCAAACUGUCUCCAUUAUAGCCUUGAAGAUGGAGGCAGUAUUUUCCUCCUAAACGGUUGUACCUAUCCACGAGUCUACACUGCGAUGCAACACAGAAGACCAACAUUAACCCUUCCACCGCCGUGAGAACCUCAGGUGUAUGCGGUAACUGACCUCACCAAUUUGGUACCCCGACUACAGACGUUUCCUAUGCAAAUUCGUGUUGCUCGCAGCAGGCAUCGUAUCAUGUUACCUGCAGUCCGUUAUUUUAGAUUUAUGAUGCUAUUACAUCUUAUAUUUUACUGAGGUAAUUAGUAGGUCAAGAAAGAAGUUAGAAGUAAAGAAUAACUGAUCUCGCAAAACACAGUAAAAUCAAACCCUAAUCAAUUUGUAGAUUUACUAUAACUGCGUCAAUCCCCAUUGCUGUUUAGUGUUAGUAAUUUUGGUGAUGCAGGUUUUUAAAAAAAGGCAAGAAAACGGGGUAGGAAAAGUCAGAGGAAAUAUUCAGCAGAGCAGGUCUGUCCUCCACAUAUCACACGAUCACACGUACACUAGCGUUCACUUGGAGGCCAAGACGUAGAGGCGAAUUGUCUCUCUCACGCACACACAUACACUAGAAAUUAACACAGUUCGUGGGUGAAAGUCCGACCAAGAAAUAAUUAGACAUAUAUCAUCUAUAGCGUAACGAAAUAUAUUUGAAUAAUUACGUAAUUCUCUGUGGUCUAGUCCCAUAUAUACAGAGUCAGGAACCACCAAUUAUGUUAAUUUACAUUAUCAGUAAGAUCAAAUAUGAAACCUGCCUGACUGAUAACUUGCUAAGAUGUAAUCAUUUAAGUAUUGACAAGGCUGAACGAUUCUGAAACGAAUAUUUGUAUUUUACGUGUGAUAAUGAUUUAGGCAUGUUUUCUGAUCAGAUAAGAAAGGCAAGCUGUGACAUUGAUUGGUGUUUGCUUUCGCUGUGUUUAUCAUUUACUAUGAAGAGUAGUUUUAGGAAUAUGAAUAAUUAUAUUCUUCGCCUUGACUUAAAAUUUGCAAGGCACUAAGCAAGCUUAAGCAGUUGUUAAGUCAAACGUUUUCCUGAGUGCAACAUAGCGAAGAAGAGGUAACAGAUAAUUUAACACGAGACUUAAUUUGCAUUUUACUUCUGUAGUAAUACAUUCGAAAGUAAGAAAUAUAAACUCUUAGAGAAAACGUAACAUAAUAUUGUUAUGAAUGAAAACUAGAAUAAUUAACAGAAUUAGAUAUUUUGAUAAAUUAAAAUCGAAGCACAAAAAAUAAAAUUAGUAACGUAACAUUCCGUUAACUUCAGUAUUUGUUCAGUAUAUGAAGAAUGUCUUUCCUGGAAACAGUUUUAUUUAUAAUUAAGGUUUAUUAUGAUUUUUCUCAUGUAAACCCAUCUGCUAACGUAACAAUAUCUCUGGCGUUGAAACAAUCUCAUAUCAGCCACAAAGGGAAAAUAAUAAAAAAAAGAGCGCAGUAAUGCGAAUUAGAAUUGUGGAUAUGUUACCUAUUGCUAUGUUGAAAUAAUUCUACAUUAUGGAAAUUUUAUAAGUAAUAAAUAAGCUGUCAUUAGUAAAGGACAAACCAUUUGAAAGUGCUCAAAACUGGUUAUUUUUAAACGUGUAAUACAAGGACUAAAUUAGACCAUCUAACUACAAACUUUAUAGUUGCCUUCAUACCGUUAUAUGUUAGCGAGGUACGUGAUAAAUAGUAAGGUCAUGAAACAGUCGAUUUUGUUAGGAACUUGUGGGUUCAGAUGAAGCAAAAUGUAGUAUGAUGUUUAUCUUCCAUAUUAUCAAAUGUCAACUUUUAUUAAACGCAACCCUUAUGGCGAAAAUGUGCUUCAUCACCCAAUGUUCAGAUUACUCAAUAGCUGCACAAGUCCUAUAAAAUAAUGUAACUUUGUAAUUUAGAGAAACCAUAUUAUUAAGGUAUCCAUGCACAAAUGGUAUAUUGCCGUGGUUAAUGGGAAAUAUAUCGACAUUUCGAACGUUCACCUGUAAGGUGUAAGAUAUGCAAAGUUUCUGAAAAAUGUGGUUAUGAUGCAACAUAGAGCUAUUAACUUCAUUCCAGUUAAUGCCACUAUAAAAAGCCAAAAUUAUAUGUUUUCCAUGACAUUUAUAAUCAAAGAAAAUGCUUGUACCUCAUUCCACAAAGAGAUAACAGAUGUUCCAUUAGGCAUAUAGAUUAAAAAUACUGGGACUACGAACCGAAUGGUACUGACAAAUUAUAUUUAAUAUUGAAAUUGUAAUUUCAUUUUUCCCCUCAACUCGAAAAGUGCAAUUCCUUCAAGAAAACAUUAAAAUACUUUCCCCAUUACAAAAAUUUGAAUUUUCUGGCAAUCAUUUCCCUUGGCUAUAUCUAAAUUAUUAGUAGUUCCAGGUACACAGGUUGGUGGGAAGACGUCAAAAAACAUUCAUUUACAGAAUGUUUUAAUAAUAUAUCUACAGGGAACAGAGCAAGUCAUAAAGAGUCUGGUAAUCGAAUAAUAAUUAACAGAAGAGGGUGUUAUGUUUUUGUGUAAAUUGAGGCUGUCGGAACGGCUGUUGAUAUGAACGUUUAUACGAAUUGUAAUAAUGUAUAAAGUAUAGUUAGACAUGUACAUUACAGUACUGAAAUAUUAUAUAAUUAUGUGUGUAGCCUAAACCACGAUGAUUGUUGGAAAAAUAUACUUGGAGAAACUUGACAUUUGGAUAUAAAUCGACAGUUUCAUGACUAAAUUACACAACAUUCUAGUUAUAAAAUUGAGGUUGUACAAGUGGCCACAAAAUUGGUCGUAGUGUAGGAUGUAGCGAGUGACAUAAUCACUCGUGAAUGAGCGCGCGUGUGUGAUUGUGUGUUUAUUAUUAUUAUCAUUGUUGUUCCUUUGGCCAAUUCGAUGACACUUAGCCGCGUGUGUGUGAUUUCUGUUGUUGAUGUUUACGUAACAGUUUGUGUCACUAUUCAGUAUUAUGAUAAAGCCAAUGAUCUAUUAUAUUUAAGUAUAUUUUUUAUUCUAUAUGUUCUGAGUUAUGAACUCAUUUACAUUGAUUCCUUUGUGGAACUUAUAAGGAAAUUGGUUUGCUUUAUUGUUAAGAAAAGUAAUAUUCAGUCACAUUCUUUAUUCCAGAUUUGAAAAACUGUUUGGUGCUAUUGUUGAUUUUAUAUUUUCAAGUGUAAAAGAAAUUUUUUGUAAAGGUCAUUGAAAUAAAAUAUUGUUAAAAGUACAGACAUGUUAGUAUCGUGUAUACUGAAUUAGGGUAGUGGCUUUGUCACGAAAAUGUGAUAAGAAGAAGUAGCCUUUAAAUGUAUAUAAACUGUGUCAGUAUGUUGUGGAAGUAAUAAACUUAUUGUCAGUUAACA